AUCUUUGAGGGAAAUGCGCCGCGCGUGCACUCCGCUACCCUCCGCCGUGCACGCGCAGCCGCAUCCUUUAUUCGCCGCGCGUUCACGUGCUCGUCUUGGAUAAAGAGGGAGGCACGCGGAUCUCAGAGGAUAACCGGAAACAGCAGGUUGUUGUCGAAACAUCUCACGCAACGACUAAAGAAAAAAACAACAACCCUAAAGCGACCCUAAAGAGUAAUGGCUUUGACUCAGGAUCUGAUCCUGGCGUUUUUACUGGAGCGCGGGGGAAAAGUGAAGAACUCGGAGCUCGUGAGCAACUUCAAAGGACUUCUAAACUCCGCCGACCCCGCGGAGAAGAAACUGAACCGAGACCUGUUCAAACGCCUGGUCAACAGCGUCGCAGUGGUCAAACAAGUCGAUGAUGUGAAGUACGUGGCUGUGAAGAAAAAGUACCAGGGAGAAAACAUCAGCUCCACCGAAUCGCCCUGCAGUCGGAAACCCAGCCAAACACAGAAUGUGGAUGUUAUUAAUAACAACCACUGUCACUGCUCCCCUCAAACUGUGUGUAAUAGCAUUAAAAGUGCUGAAUCUGUUCAUCCUGGAAGACCAUCUGACUGCAAUGCAACCGAGUCUUUGACGGCAAGAGUGCUGAGCAUGACAAGCGAUGCCAAGAGUGGCAAAUCAGGGGCUGUUUUUGCUCUUGUAGCCAUAAAAUCUCCAGCAUAUGAUUUGCAGCAUGAGGAAAAUGGAAUAAGAAGCCUAAAAACAGUAGCAGGCGAUGCUGAACCUCUUCCAGCAACUAUAGAGAGAACCAGGAAAGUCAAAGCGAGUUUUACACAAGUGAAAUGGUGUCACAAACUCAGCAAACCUGCUAAAGUCUCAGAUGGAGUGCCUUUGGGAUUGAUGGAGCAUGAGUGGCUUGUGAAAGCAGCGACGGGAAGCUGGCAUCAGAUCUACAGCCUCCUGCUGCAAGAGCCUCGGCUGGCGGACAAGCCAAGCUUCAUGUCUGGAUUCACGAUCCUGCACUGGGCUGCUAAAAGCGGAAACUGUGAAAUGGUGUGUAAAGUCAUCGAUGUUUCCAGACAGAGAGGCGCAGCGGUCGAUGUGAAUGCCAAGUCUUAUGACGGAUACACAGCGCUCCACAUAGCUGCCAUUCACAGCCGUGAACGUGUGUUAUCACUGCUGGUGUGUGAAUAUGGUGCCAACACUAACAUACGGGAUAACAGCGGGAAAAAACCUUACCGUUAUCUAAGUCCAGACGUGUCCACUGACAUCAGAAAGAUGCUCGGAGACCCUCACAGCCUGCUGAAGGAUGCUCAGAACCCCUCAGACCUCCCUAAAGGAUUCAACACCUUGAGUAAACUAUUCCAUCCCCACAUCGCUGGACAUAAAAAGAAAUACAGACGUCGACCGAGCUUCCACUUCAUCAGAGACGAUCACGAAGACCCCAGAAAGAAUGCCGCACUUCAUCGCAAACUGUUACAGUAGAAUAUCCCAGCUGACUUGUAUUACUGGUUUAAUAUAAUGUGUUAUUAAUUUAAUCUGUGAUUGUACAGUAACAGCCUUGCAUCUACUGAUUAUUAUAUCUGUUAAUUAAGUUAAUAAGUAACAAGAAAAUGCAGUUAACACA